AUGCAUCGCCCGCGCAGCCAUCUUUGCCGCUCCCGCGUGGUCGCUGCGGUUGUUUUCGCCGCCACCAUCAUCAUCGGCCUAGGCGCGGCGGGCGUCGGCGAGGCGGCCACGGGCACGUUCAUCUACGCCGGCUGCUCGCCGUCCAAGUACCAGCCGGGCACCCCCUUCGAGGGCAACCUGGGGUCGCUCCUCGCCUCCAUCGCCAGCGCGGCGCCCAACGCCGGGUACAACAGCUUCACGGCGGGUGCCAACGGCACGGCCGCGUACGGGCUGUACCAGUGCCGCGGCGACCUGGGCGGCGGCGCCGACUGCGCGGCGUGCGUGCGGGACGCGCUGGCGCAGCUGAGCCAGGUGUGCGCGGCGGCGUACGCGGCGUCGCUGCAGCUGGAAGGGUGCUACGUGCGGUACGACAGCACCAACUUCCUGGGCACGCCCGACGCCGCCAUGGUGUACCGCAAGUGCAGCACCAGCAGCAGCAGCGACGGCGGGUUCCUCAGCAACCGGGACGCCGUGCUCGGGGACCUGCAGCAGGUGCAGGGCGUGGGCGCCAGCGGCGGGUACAAGGUGAGCAGCUCCGGCGGCGUGCAGGGCGUGGCGCAGUGCCUGGGCGACCUCGCGGCGGCCGACUGCACGGCGUGCCUGGCGCAGGCGGUCGGCCAGCUCAAGGGCACCUGCGGCACCGCGCUGGCCGCCGACGUCUACCUGGCGCAGUGCUACGUCAGGUACUGGGCCAACGGCUACUACUUCCGCCCGACACAAGAUUAUUCGCAGGAUGAUGUCGGGAGGACUGUGGCCAUAAUCGUCGGCAUCUUGGCAGGACUGGCGCUCUUCGUGGUGUUCAUCUCGUUCCUCAGGAAAACAUGCUAG